AAUAACAUUAACAGUACAAGUCUAUGAUAUGCUAACAAAUAAAAAUAAAAUAAAAAAACACAGAAAAGUUUCUCCUUUCAUGGGAGCAAAUAAUGUAACUUUCGUUUCAUAAAAGAAUCGUUGAACAACAACGAAUAUGAAGCACAGCUCGACAAAAUACCAAUAAAUCGUUAAAUCCUCUUAUGGAGAGAAGCACAAUGAAGCGGAAGCAGAGGCGAUACAGAACUACAUUCAACUCGCUGCAAUUGCAAGAACUUGAGCGCGCGUUCCAGCGUACUCACUAUCCAGACGUCUUUUUUCGCGAAGAGCUAGCUGUACGCAUUGACCUGACGGAGGCAAGAGUACAAGUUUGGUUCCAGAAUAGGCGGGCCAAAUGGCGCAAACAGGAGAAAGUGGACAUCGGCAUAGCAAGCGGAAACCUACAAGAUGCCGAAGAUGGUUUGAGCGCGCAGACAACGUAUGCCGAUGAAAAUGCCAUUGUACAGCUGGAUAAUCCUUUAGGCACCACCCUACUGCCGGAUACACCGCCUCAGUCCGCUAAUUCAUUGGACAAUGAACCAAAAGUGUCAUUUAGUACCAGCUCUAUAUCACCGUCCCGACUAUCACCGAAUAUCUUUCUCAAUCUGAAUAUUGAUCAAUUGGAGCGUGGUGGGGGCGUCUCCAUGGAGUGGUCCACUUAUCCGCCGACGAGUACAAUGUCCACCAUGUGUCACACGCUCUCGCAGGCCAACACACCACCGCCACUAAUUGUGACACACAGUACCAGCCAUAAUAACAACAACAAUGAUAUCGGCGAUCCGCAAACCAGCCACCAUCAACACAAUCACAAUUCCAGUCAAUGCAAUCAUCAUAUAAGCUUACUGAGCAGCAGCCUUAAUGCAUCGCUAGAUCUGGAUGUGACCACGAAUUCCACCUAUGAUGAAAUGAAAUUCCUCAAUGUCGAUCAGUUUACAAUUGAUAACUUCAAGGCCGAAUGCAUCCUGAGCCUGGAUCAUGCGCUAGCAUUGGAGGACAAGCCGAUAUUAGAUCACCUGGGGCAUGGUCUUUCAUUCCACGGCGGUCAAGCGAUGGAAGGCUGCGGUGUUGUAAUACAACACACGCUGGAGCAGCAACUACAUCAGGCACAACAGCUACAACAACAGCAGCAAAGCGAAGAUCAAACGCAAUUACUACAACAGAAUCAUCACGAAGUGCCUCAUCACAAUGAGCUGCAUCAAUUGCAACAACAACAACAACAUCAGGAACUUCAACAACAUCAGGAACUUCAACACACAACUCUAUCACAUCUAAUGCAUAGUUCCAGUCAAAUGCAUGCACCACAACACCAGAGUGCAUUGAGUCUAGAUUUACCAACAUUUAAUUUAUCUGGCGAAAACGAUCCCAACAAGUCGCCGCCAUCUUUGUUGUCACUGGACAAACCGCUAUCGCUAAAUAUUAAUGUGGAUGGCAUUGGUGACCUUGUAGAUGAUAAGUUUUAAGGUAGGCGAUAUUCUAUAUUUAGUAGCUGGCAGUGCUGUAGAUAGAGAGAGAUUCGCGGCAGGGAGAGGGGUCUUUAUUUUUUAAGCAAAUAAAAUAAAUAUUUGGCGUUUGCACAUUUUCUACGUGUUUGGUCGAGCUUCUUCGCCAAUUUGUGGUGUGCGCCUUAAUGUUAUUACACAAAUGGAUGAACAUACAGGCUCACUUCCAAAACGUACCAAUACAAUGUUUAAAUACGGUUCUGCUGCGGUAUAUUUAAACUGUUUUUAAUAUAACAAUGAUGACCUUUCGGAAUUUUCCAUUUUUAAAACACCAAUGG